UUUUUUCAAAAUCAUAAACUCGAAAACAAAAAUUAGGAAAAGCACAAGCAACCGUUAUAAGACUACUUCACGGCGGUUUUCACUAUACACACACACACACACACUCUCUUCAACUCCGUUCAAAUUUCUCCGGUAGAUCGUAAAUUAACGCCGUUAGUUACCACCAGAUCGUUCUGAAGUGCUUCGAUUCGAUAUUAUUAGCGUCAAUUUGAGAAAUGUUUGUUAAAAAGCUAGUCGAAAAGGCUUCGUUAAAGAAGCCUGGAGGAAAUCUAGAUGGUUUGAAGUCCGAUGAGGUAAAUCCGCGCCUUAUUUACCAUUAUGGCCCUCCAUCAGGAUGUAAUCUGCUUGCUUAUGACCCUAUUCAGAAGAUUCUUGCCAUGUCAACUAUAGAUGGCCGGAUUAAGUUAUUUGGACAAGAUAACACUCAAUUCAUAAUGGAAUCUCCUGAGGCAGUACCAAGCAAAUUUUUGCAGUUCAUUCACAACCAACCAUUUCUUAUAAACAUUAAUGCAAAAAAUCAUAUCGAGGUUUGGGACAUAGACAUGAAGUCCUUGGCCCAUGUGCAUGUAUAUAAUGAAGAAAUUACAUCGUUUACUGUCCUGCAACGUACCUUUUACAUGUACGUUGGAGACUCGUUUGGAAAUGUUUCGGUUCUGAAGUUUGACAAAGAUAUAUGUAAUAUAACACAAAUGCAAUACCGAAUUCCUUUUGCAGCAGUUCAAGGUAAUCCAACAGAGGACCUCAAUGAUGCUGCUGUUAUGUAUAUUCUGCCUCAACCAGCAGCUGAAAGUAAAAGGAUUCUUAUAAUUUAUAAAAACGGUUUUGUUACACUAUGGUCAAUUCAAGAUAGCAUACCAGUCUUUACAACAGGAGGAACGUUAAUUUACUCGCAAAAUCACGACACCAAAAAAGUGACGGCUGCAUGUUGGGCUUGUCCCUUUGGAAGCAAGGUUGUUAUUGGAUACAACAAUGGCGAAAUUCUAAUGUGGAGUGUUCCUCACUCAAUAGCCUCAAAAACCGAACUUUCAACUGACAAGGAGUUAAGUGGGACCCAAAGUGGCCCGUUAUUCAAACUGAAUCUCGGGUAUAAGUUAGAUAAAACACCAAUAGCCCGAUUAAAAUGGGCUUAUGCAGAAGGAAAAGCAAGUCGACUUUAUGUUCUUGGUGCUUCUGAUUUCGGUUCUGCAAAUUCGUUACAGGUUGUUAUAAUAAAUGAACAGACUGAAACUCGCACUACAAAACUGGGAAUCACAUCUCCUGAGCCAUGUGUUGACUUUGAGAUUGUUUCGUCGGGUAGUGAACAGAACAAACAUAAAGAUGAUAUCUUUCUCGUGGUUGGAAAAUCAGGCCAUGUUUAUUUAUACGAUGAUAUUUCGAUUGAAAAAUAUCUACUUCAGUCACAAACUAGGUCUCCACCGUCACUUCCAAAAGAGCUAAAGGUGAGGCUACCGUAUGCUGACUCAUGCAUCACUGUAGCAAAGUUCAUAACCGACAAUCCAUGCAUGAUCUCUUCUGCUGACGAGUACCAAUCGCUGUCGAAAAAGAUUCCUACAGUUUUUUCAUUUGAGGCUAAGCAAAAAGAUGGAUCUUCGUCAAGCGGUUUUAGCAGUUUCUCGAAUUUUAAGAACAUAUAUAUAACAGGACACAGCAAUGGUGCUAUAAACUUUUGGGAUGCAUCAUCUCCACUUUUGAUUCCAAUGGUAUCGUUUAAUCAACAGAGCGAAGAUGACCAGUCUUUAAGUGGUGUACCCCUGACUGCGUUAUGUUACGAUAUGGAAGCACGACUCCUCGUAUCUGGAGAUCAAAGUGGAACAGUUAGAAUUUUCAAAUUUAAGCCCGAGCCAUAUGCCACUGAGAGCAGUUUUUUGUCCUUACAAGGAAGUUCAAAGAAAGGAAGCAAUAUCAUUCAAAGCGUUAAACUCGUGAAGGUUAAUGGCGCAGUGCUUUCCGUAACAACAAGUCAUGACGCUAAACAUAUCGCUAUUGGGUCAGAUCAAGGAUACGUUUCGGUAAUUGAUACCGCGGGGCCCACUUUAUUAUACGAGAGACAUAUAGCAAGUGAACUGUCGACAGCUGUCAUCUCUCUGCAGUUUGGGAUGUGCAGUUUGCAUGGAUUUGAGAAGAGUGUUUUAGUUGUCGCCACAAAGGAUUCGUCAGCUUGGGCACUUGAAAGCGAAACGGGAAAUAUACUCAACACUGCAGCAGUCCAUCCUAAAAAACCUUCUAAAGCUUUAUUCAUCCAAUUGUUGGAUGAGCACGGGGCAUCUGGCAGAGGAUCUAAUGUAAAGGACUUAUUGCUGUUUUGCUCUGAGAAAGCCGUGUACGUGUAUUCACUUCCACAUGUGGUUCAGGGUGUGAAAAAGGUUUGCUACAAAAAGAAGUUCAACUCCUCAACUUGUUGCUGGGCUUCAACAUGUUGUUCUGAUACCGGCCUCGUGCUUGUUUUUACUAAUGGCAAAAUUGAAAUUAGAUCCUUGCCAGAAUUAUCGCUUUUGAAGGCAACAUCAAUAAGAGGCCUUGCACUGUCGACUUCAAAACCAAACUCCUUACCUGAAAGUUCAAUCUGUGCUUCACAAAAUGGUGACAUCAUCAUGGUGAAUGGUGAUCAGGAAGUUUUCAUUGCUUCAGUUUUGAUCCAUAGAGAAAUCUUCAGGCAUUUAGACUUGGCUACCCAAGUUUACAACAAGGAUCUGAUACUUCCACAAGGAAAACAGUCUGAUCUUGUUGUCCACAAAGAAAAGAAAAAGGGAAUAUUCGGUUCUAUGAUCAAAGGAAGCAAACCGAAACAUGAGCUGCUGGAAGCAGAACCAGAGUCUGCAAGAGAAAGUUUUGAAGAGCUGUCAACGUUAUUUUCGGUUGCUAACUUUCCGUUGGAGAGUGAGACCCGAGAAAACCUACCAACAGAUGAAGACGAUGUUGAACUGGAUAUAGAUGACAUUGACAUAGAUGGUCCGGAAGAGAAACCGAAAGGAAAAACCAUGAUGGCAGCACUUAACAAAAAGAAACUUACUAGUACAUUUAAUGCGUUUAAAGGUAAAUUGAAAGAGAUGAAUGUCAAAAAGGAGAAAGAGCAAGUGAAGGAAGAACCACAAGAUGAGAAAACUGGUGUAGAUCAAAUCAAGAAAAAAUAUGGAUUUAGCUCUACUAGCGAAACAACAAGUGCUGCUAAAAUGGCACAAAACAAACUGAGUGACAACAUAAGAAAACUGAAGGGAAUCAACUUAAGAACAGCGGAAAUGCAAGACAAUGCACAGACAUUCUCUUCAAUGGCGAAAGAUUUGUUGCGAACUGCUGAAAAUGAUCGCCGGGCCUCAUGAUCCUCGUGUUUUUUUAUGUUUUUAUUUUUCUUCUUUUUUAUUUUUUUUUAUAUUUAAUCUGAAGAGACUUUGGUUGAAUCGUCUUGGGAGUUGAAAGUGUACAGAGACCACAUCCUUUUUUUCUUUUUCAUUUUGGUGAUGCAUCUUCAUUGUAUUAACUGUGUGAUUAUAUAAUGCACUUUUCUCAUAUUUAUGUAUUCUGACAAA